CAGUCAAUGGCCUGAUAUUCCUGGCAUCCCUGUGUUUUAAUGGCUGGAAUAGAGUUGAAGGAUAGAAGUUUUACUUGUACAGCCCCAGUUAAUAUUGCAGUCAUAAAAUACUGGGGAAAAAGGAAUGAGGAAUUAAUUUUACCAAUAAACUCAUCUCUAUCAGUCACAUUGCAUCAAAAUGAACUCAGGGCUAAGACUAUGAUAACAUUAAGCUCCUCUUUUGAUGAAGACCAGAUGUGGCUUAAUGACAAAGAAGAAGACAUUUCUAAUCCAAGGAUUCAAAGAUGUUUGAGAGAAAUUAGAAGAUUAGCUACAAAAACUUGCUCAAUUGAUCCUUCCUAUUUAGAGGGACACGUUCAAAUACGCUCCGAAAAUAAUUUUCCUACUGCAGCUGGUUUAGCAUCAUCUGCAGCUGGGUAUGCUUGUUUAGUAUAUUGUUUGUCACAAGUUUAUGGUUUAAAAGAUGUUGAUAUAUCAGUAAUAGCAAGGCAAGGAUCUGGAAGUGCCUGUAGGAGUGUGUAUGGAGGCUUUGUGUCAUGGGAGAAAGGAGAGAGGGAAGAUGGAGAGGAUAGCAUUGCUGAACAAGUAUGUCCUGAUAUGCAUUGGCCUGAUUUACAAGUACUUAUACUAGUGGUCAGUGAGCAAAAGAAGACCGUUAGCAGUACUAGCGGAAUGAGGACUUCAGUUGAAACCAGUUCACUUAUUAAUUUUAGAGCUAAUAAUGUAGUCCCUGCUAGAAUGGAUGAGAUGAAGCAAGCAAUAAAAGAAAAGGAUUUUUCAACAUUUGCGACACUAACAAUGAAAGACAGUAAUCAGUUUCAUGCAGUGUGUCUUGACUCAUAUCCUCCUAUUAUGUACAUGAAUGAUGCAUCCAAGUACAUUGUACAGCUAGUCACUGCAUACAACUUACUUUACUCCUCACCAAGACUUGCUUAUACUUUUGAUGCAGGACCCAAUGCAGUUCUUUUUACCCCCGGGGGGAAUAUUGGGGAGAUACUGGGUCUGGUACAGCAUUACCUUCCUCCUAACCCCGGAGCAGAAAAUUACAUUAGAGGAGUGUCUGCAGGUCAAGCUGUACCUCCUACUCCCUCAAAAACUACUAUUAAUGGUAUUGGGUUAUUACCAUGGAAGCCAGGCUCACUGCAGUACAUUAUACACACAAGAGUUGGUCCUGGUCCAAUGACAAUCUGAAUAAUUAUUUUUAUUAUUAUUGUUUUACUUUUUAUAA